UUUGAGCUAGUUUUAAGUUUCUGAAGGGCGGGUUUUAUGCUAACUUUCAGCUGGAUAUUUCUGUUGGACCUGGCAACCCUGUCUCUUAGUAAUAAUCAAUAAUGGCGGAGCUUUCCUUAAGUGGUGCACCUACACAAGGGUCCUCAGCCAUUCGGGAUGAGGAUGCUGACUUUGAGCCGUCUGCAGACAUGCUUGUUCAUGACUUUGACGAUGAGCAGACGCUUGAGGAGGAGGAGAUGCUGCAAGGAGAGACCAACUUCAGUUCUGAGAUAGACGACCUCACUCGAGAAGGGGAGAUACCCAUCCAUGAGCUGCUCAAGAUGUACGGCUAUGGUGGGGAAGAUUCUGCAGAAGAAGAGGAUGAAGGCACAGAAGAGCAGGAUGUUCCUGAAAGUGACCAGAAGAGCAAAGCUCAAGGAAAAGUCAAGGGGGACAAGGAAUCGUGUGAUCAGGAGGAGGACAUCCAUUCGUCCAGUGAUGAGUCUGCACACUGCAGACGGGCACUUAGUACAGCUCAAUUGAUCUGCUCAGAGCCAUGCAGCUAUUUUGAUGGUAAUGAUGGUGAUGAAUCAGAAGAUGAGGAUUAUAUUCCCUCUGAGGAAUGGAAGAAGGAAGUUAAAGUUGGGCCAAUGUUCCAGGCUGAAACACCUGCUGGUCUGUGCAAAUACGAAGACAAUGAAAAAGUUUAUGAGAAUGAUGAUCAGCUUCUGUGGAAACCGGAAUAUCUCCCGGAGAACGAGGUGGUGGAAUAUUUAUCAGAAGCUUCUAAACGCACUGGAGAGGAGCCUGGCGUGGAAGUCAUCUCAGAGAGACCACUUAUUAAAGACAACGAGCAGGCUCUCUUUGAGUUGGUCAAGUCCAAUUUUAACAAGGAAGAAGCUUUAAGUAAACUAAAGUUUGACAUAAAGCCUGAUAAACAGGAACUGUCCUUUUGGACUGAGGAGGAACACGAAGAUUUUAAGCAAGGAGCUGAAGCCUGUGGAAAUGAUAAUUUAGCGGAAGAUAAUAAACAAAUCAAACUCUGGAUAAGAAAACCCAGCCUUCAUCCUGAUGUCCCGGACUCCACAGACCGGCUGUUGAGUGAAACAGCGAGCAGUGAGGUCAGCCAAGCAGUCACUCGUCCAGCUUCUUCCAGCUGCAGUGGUAACCAGUUAACACACAAUGACUCCCACUCUACAGAGCAGCCCCGUGCCUGUGUUACUGACCACACAAAUGGAUCCUCGCACAGUUCACACCUCAACACAACAGACCAACAGUUCCAUUCAAGCUCCAAGCCUGACACCAGCAGCCCAAGCAGAGAAGCUGUCAGGUGUCUGGUUAGACAGAGGGAGGAGGAGGAGGGCUCAGAGAGCCCCCUGAAGAGGCCGAAGACUGAGGUGGAAUUCAUCAUGGCAGCAGCUGUCUCAGGCAGCAGGAUGGAGACAGUUUAACUCCAGCAGCAAAACAAAGUUCAGAUUUGGAUAACUUUUAGAUAUUCAGUUAAAAAAUAAUCUAAGCUCACAGUGGCUGUACUGAUGUAAUUAAUGUUCCAAAGCAAGUGAAUUUAGCAACCCAAAGAUUCUUCUAGGAUUGUAAUAUUUUUUUGAAAUCCUUGUAAUACAAGUACAGUCAAAAUAGUAAGUAACUGAACAAAACAAGGCACUGAAUUGGCCAGUGCCGAUACAUUUAAAAAUGAGGGGUAAAUUUGCAUGAAUUGGCAUUGCAGAGAAAUGUAAAGUGUUUGAGUGUUGCAAAUGUAGAAAACAGAGUUCUGAUUGUUUAACAAAGUAACCCAACAUCAGGUUGUGAUGCAAAAUUAAUUCAUCCACAAAUUGAAAACAUAUGCCAACUAUAUGUCCACUGCAGAGUGCUAAUUUAAUUGUGUUCUACUGAUACUGAAGUUAAAAAAAAAAGGCUUUUGUUUUUGAAAAUAUUUCUGUCCACAUAGAGACAUAAAUGCUGGCAUUAGCAUGGUAGUCACAUUUUGUAAUAAAACAGUAGUUACAUUUUAUUCAUAUAUUGAGAUAUGAACUCUAGUGCUAUCUGUGUUUCAUAAAGCUCCAUUUUCAUUGCCUGUAUGAAGAACACUGAAAACGACUCUUACUCUUCACCUUGGAAAGUGUUCUCAAAAAGCUCGAUUUUUUAGUGACCAAAACCAGCAUUUUUGUGUGGACGUUACACCAAAAUACAGACAAAAAAAAAAAAAAAAAACAUUUCUAAAAAUAUCACUAAAAUUAGUGAGGACAGGCAAUCUGACCAUGCAUCCCUCAAUAGAAAAAAACAAUUACAGUACACUUAUUACUGAUUUAAAUAAUUCUGCCUCACAAUGCAAUGAAGCAUAUCGGUUUACUUAUGACUUCCCCCUCCACUCCAUCAAUUAAUUUCUGAAUUUUAUAUUUGACCAUGUAGAGGAGUAUUUUAGAAACAUUCUGUAAACACUAUUACUGCUAAGAAGGUUUUUUAAGGAAAUACAUUCAUAUUUUUGUACUUGAUAGCUAUUUAUAUUUUUUUACAAGACAAAUGCUGAGUGUGAGUUUAGUUCAAGGUGUAAUUGUUCCAGGACAAUGUAGGACUGAAUGGUGCUAUUUAUUUCUUGUGACUGUGUAUCUGUCCUAGCACUAUUGCUUCAGCUGUGUAUACUGUUUUCUAAGGUUCAUAAACUAAUUCUUAUGUUCUGAAGGAAUGCUUUCUUUUGUUCUAAAUAUUUUGAGUUGAUUCAUAUUUUAUUAUUAUUUUCCAGUCUUUUCUUAGUAAAUGGAUGCAAAUAUUUUUUCCUUUUUUCUUAUAUAUUUGCUACAUGUUAUUUGUGAACACUGUAGGCUGAAUAAAGUCCUUAAUUAUU